UUAUCUAGGACCUCCCUCAGCUAAGAGUGUCAGGGAAGUGUAGCCCUAGAGCAGUUACCCUCAGGGAACUACAGUCAUAAUAAAAAGGCCAGCUCAUUGAGCACUUAUUGAUACAGAUUUAGGGUGAUUUACACUGAUACUCCUCAUCAGAUACGCUCAGUAUUGUUCCCUCCUAAAAUUCUGCAAUGGCCGAGGUUACAAAGAUUGCACACCUAUCAGGAGAAUGGGAGAAUGAGCUGGGGUCUAUAAUGACUCUAACGUUUGAGCCAACCAAUUCGGCGCUCAGUGGGACGUAUAAAUCAAAUGUGGGAGAACAUCCGCAUGUCACCAAAGAACUCAAUGAACCAUUGGUGGGCUUCUACAACAUAAAGGAACCACAAAUGCCAACCAUCGCCUUCUGCAUUUCAUGGGGAAUUAUUGGGUCCUGUUCCGCUUUCACGGGGCAGUAUUUCAAUGAGAAUAACCAAGAGAUGAUUAAAACCACCUGGAUCCUGCGGUCGUCAGAGCCAUCUCGCGUUCAAGACUGGGAGGCCACAAGAGUUGGAACUGAUAUAUUCUUUAGGGUUGCUAAAUAAGGAACAAAAGAAGAGGGACAAAAGAAGAAAUUCAUGAAAUGUGACAGCACCGAAUUAAAUCAUUAAGGAAAUAAACAUAUUUUAACUGAA